CCCAUGUGGUUUACGUCAUGUGUAAACCGCGGGAUACUUUUUACUGAACUUUCGUAAUGUAAAACUCAUGUACAGAUAAGCCCACGUUUAUUAUGAAGACAACGGACGUCAGUGUUUGUUUGGACUUCCUCCACAACGUCUUAAUCGGUCCGGCAAGUGGCAUAGAAAGCCUUCAGACGAAAAUUCGGUCUGUCGUCAAUGAAACUGCGAAGCAGCCGAAACUGAGUUUGCCAUGGUUACCGGUGUCGUCGCUUCUUGUGGAUCUCUUGAAACAUAUCGCCGACCAGGGUGCCAAACCGGACACCCUCCUCCUCGCUGGGACAUGCGUGGUGCGCAUUCUGUGCCGAUUUUUGACACUCGAUGCUGCUUCCGAUGCCGUGCGGCAACUUCUCGCCACACCUUCACGUGAUUCAGCUCAUGAAGUUGUGCCACAAUGCAUUCCUGCCAUCACCGAGCUUACCUUCGCCAUCGGUGAACGCCUUGAACAGUCCCACAUUUUAUCAUCUUUGCCUCAUUCAUGGCGUCCUGAGCGCUGGCCCUGAUGCGCAUUCCCUUCCUAACAUGCCAAAGGGAUGGAACCGCAGAUCCCUUGAUCACAGAGAUUUUGCACCCACUUGUCGGCCUUGUGCACGACGACAGCAUCUCGCGGUAUCACAGUGUCAGCACUCUGCACCUGUGGUUCAAAACACUGGAGCAACUGCUCGGGAAGUCAGAGUCAGAAGAAGAUGGUGAAGCGUUUCCCGUCGGAUCCCUGGGGAAGAGCUUGUUCACUCCCGAAUCGAAUGCAACAUCACUCGUCCUCUCUGCAGUCGAUGCCAACUGGGAGUCGUCCGCGAACGGAGUGUCAGACCUUAUUAGGAAAAUCUACCAGUCUUUUCUUAAUGUGACACACAGUCAGUGCUCGAUUGAAAACAGUAGUGUGAAGCUGGAGGUGGAGCUGGCCCACAUCGGGCCGUUUCACAAGUAUUUGCUCGAAAGAACAAUGCAGCUUGACUGGAAAGAAAAGCCCAAGUAUCUAAGCCUUGCGUGUCUCUUGCAGUUUGUGCCUUUUGAAUCGUGCCUGAAAAUUGAUGCAGAUUUUACAAAGCACUGCAUUCGUGGAUUGCUGGCUAACCACCUCGUAUCGGCAACUGUGGAUGUCUACAGAGCGUCUUUGACAUUUGGUUCAACUCGCAGAGCAAGCAAGGAAAUGUGGUCUCUGUACUGGAAAGUGCCAGUCGUAGAUAUCGUCAGGUGUGAUGAUGGAACAUGUCUUCAAAACAUGACCACCCACUUGCUACCCUGGACUCUGAAGAAUAUUCCGGGCAGCCUGGAAGAGCUUGCAGAUUGCUUCAAGACACAUGGGUCGGAUGACAUAUCGCUUUCCUUCCUUGCAACGCUGGGUCGUAUUGGUCUACAGGCGGGGUUCACAUCCAGGGUGCUAAAGGAGCCACUGAUGGCAAAGUGUCUUGUCCACCAGUCCAAUGCAAUACGGAUAGAAACAUUCACCCUAUGUUGCUCUUCGUACAUACUUAAUGCAGGAAAACCAGAAGCUGAAAUGUCAAAGAUAGUCCAAUUUGUGAUGGCCAACUUGAACGUCGACGACUCCUGGUUCCGGUCGAGGCUUCUUGUGCAACUCGAAAAUGUCUUACUGGCUCUGCGAGAAAGCAUCGUGUCAGAGUUCAACAAAGAAACCCGCCAAAAGAAAAGAGGCAGCAGAAAAAGCGCAGGACAAAGCCAUUACACGUCAGCCUUCUGCUUCAUCAAAGAUAUUGUGGUAUUGGCUGUGGAAAACCUAUUUUCUGGCGCGAAUUACCAAAGAGCCAUAACUUCAUUGUCAGUCCUUGAAUGUGUUGCAAACAUUUUUCGAGUGGAUCCAUCUGGGAAACAAAGAUCAACACACAAAAGAGAAAUUUUGGAGAAGUUCUUUGCUUCUGAGACGAGCCGCUUUGAACUGGGACCAAUGAAGAAGAGGAUCAGGUCAGCUUUUCUCAAGGCUCUUUUUCAUAACGUACUUGAGGUUCGCCUUUCAGCAUUUCGGCUCCUGACCACUCAUGGUUGCCCAGUGUUUGAAAGUGGCAGCAGCCUUCAGGAUGUGCUGCAGGACACCGCCGACAAAUACCUUGCUAGUCCGAGGCCCCAGGACAAUGCUGUUGGUGCCCUACUUCUGCACCUUUACCUCACCAACCUGAAAGAGGAGCCAAAGCAGCUUGCAGCAAAGCUAGAAGAAAUCUGUAGCUUGGGUGAGAAUUCCUUCUCGGAAUUCCAGCGUGACCCAGUGUCUGCAUCAGCGAGUUUUCCACUUCAUGGCUUGCUGUUGACGCUGGUCACCUGCCUGAGCGAUGUGAAGUGCAUAUUGGCAGCCGUGCAGAGAUGCAGCGCCGAUGGGAAGAACAGAGACUUAAUUUGCGGCAUUCUCACCAGGGCGUUGUGUCUUGCAAGGAGCUCCCUCUUUCACUCCCUUUUUGUCAUGGUGCCAAAGGAGAAGCAACGCGCGCUCGGUGCAAUGUCUGCUAAUUCAGCAGACAGAGUAGCACCUUCCUUCGAGGACACAAACCUGGCAUUCACAGAACUCAUUAGAGACCAUGAGAUGGCUGAAAGGAUCAGAUUCACACCAGAACAGCGGCAGCAAGUCGAGGAAAGACUCGCAUCGUUCUGUUGGCACUGCAUCAAGAACUCGUGUUCUCUGUUGGACCUCGUGGUAUCCAUUUCACUGAAGGACAAUGGAAUGUCGUAUUCACUGGAUGGCAGGUCACUCCAUGACAUUGUGGAUGCUCUGGUUGCAGUCAUGACUGGAUGCAGGCAUCGAGGAGCCAUUGAAAGCUGCUGUGAGUCCCUGAAGAGUCUUUGCCAAGUUCUUUCCAGCUGUGAAACCACAGAAAUAUCUGAUAUUCCAUUCAACUUUGUAAAAAAGGCUUUGUCAUCACUGACAUCGAGGUCAAAAUCCUCCUCUGUCACGAGGCGGUCAGCAGGUCUCCCUUUACUCAUCAGAGCGCUCCUUGAGGGAGAAGCAAGAAAUGUGAAGCGUAGCAUGUCAUGGACUGUGGACCACUUGAGCUCUGUCAUCAGAGAGUGUGCAGAGCAGGGCGAUAGCUCCGCGUGCACGGUGGAUCUGCCGCAAGCUGAAGCUCUGCACAUUUUGUGUGCCGUCGUUGGCUCCGCUUCUCUGACGGCUGCAGUGAUGAUGCACCUCGGACGUAUCCUUUGGUUCUGCUUUGAAGGCUUGGCGUCACCUUUCUGGCUCGUGAGGAACGCGGCACACCAGCUGUAUGGUGCAACAGCACCACGAGUUCUGGGAUUAAAAAAGACGCGAGAAGAAUUUGUCGGGCACGACGCCAUGACUGCAUUGGACUUGUUUGCAAAGUUUCCGGACCUAAAAGACCUCUUUCUCAAGAAACUUGACGGCUCCAACGUAAACAACCAUGACUUGUACUUCGUCCUUGACUUCCUAUCAAGACUUAAACCACCUGCAAUCGGCCAACAAGGAAUAAAAUCUCUGGUGCCAUUUCAACAAUGCAUACGCAACCACCUGUGCUGUCGUUCAUGGAAGCUACGCCUGCUAGCCGCCAAGUGCGUGUCUUCUUUCUGCCGAAGAACGAAGAAAGAGGUUGUGCUUUUGCUAGGAAAUGUCGCAACCCUCGAGGGCGCUCACCUUCACAACAGUGCCCACGGGCACCUUCAUGCUGUCAAUCGUCUCCUGAGGAACAACACUGUCUGUGUGCCGGACAUAGCCAAGUGGUUCCAAGAAAGUGGUAGCCUCAGCAGGUUGUCAUGGACUUUGUCAUCAAACUUUUUUGUGAGGAUGGAGUUUUUGGACUUGCUGAAUUUGCUUUCCGUUAAUGGCGACAACACCGAGAGCCAAGAGAAGUUGCAAAAGUCAUUCCUGUUGGACAUUUCUGACACUGCCAGGCUUGAAAAGCUGCCUGGAAGUAUUGCAUGGAGACAAAAGCAAACGGAAUGGUUCCUGAAAAGAGCUGCGUGUCUGUGUCCCGCUGAAAUAGUCGCCGUGGUUCAAAAGGGAAAGGAAUGUGAUGUUGUCAUGGAAACUGCUCUCGAAUUUCUCAUUCCUCAAGCACUGCGACCAGACUGUGUAAUCACGCCAGAUUCAUGGUGCGAAGUGGCAGUAGCUCUUGUGACAUUCUUGAAUGGUAUCUCAGGUCUGCCAGACCAAUCUGCCGAUGUCCUGGACUUGCUGGGGGUACUCUUGAAUAAACGGGAAGUGGCUAACAAGUGUGUAAACCCCGCUUUGUUGGCAACGUUUCAACGCAUCUCUGUUGAGAAAUCGUCUGUAGCAGGCACUACAGUGAGAGCCCUGUCUCUGGUGGUGUGGUCGCACUGUUUGAAGCACUGUUUACAAAACCCUGACUGCUACUCGCCCGAAGUUGAACGAAGUGCUGAGUCGUGGACCUCGGCCAUCACGUCUGCUGUGAGCAACCGAGAAAAGCUGGCAGCGACCGCGGACAUCCGUCGGAUGCACGCAGCACGUUCCCUUCGAGUUGCCGGCGAUUCCGUGUUUGCUUGGGCUGCUUGCAAGUGCAAGCCACGAAAGUCAAAGCUUCUUCAAAGCUUGUUCAGCGCAACGCUAGCGCUUCUUCAAGACGAAGAUCCCCAAGUUCGCUCUGAAGCUGCUGAUGCCCUGCCACUUCGAAGUGCUGGACCACAGUCACUUCCUGUCCAACCAAACAUUGCAGCAGAUAACCUCUUUAAAAAGCUGGUGCUCGCUUUCGAGGGUGACUCCGCACAGUUGGUCAAGUUCCUGUGGCGCGAGCUUUGCCGGAGCGGCCCAUCCGCGCUGUGCGAAUUCCAGCAGCUCGCAAAGCCCACUGUUGCGAGCCUCUUUGAGCAGGAUGAAAGUGGUGUUUUUAUGGAGCCGAUGGUCGUCUCUCAUAUGCUUCAUCGAGGCACUCAGAUGGCACUCGAGGGAGCACUCCAAGGUAGCACAGACCUGAUGAGCUUUCUCCUAGAUGAAGCUUUGAGACUAGCUGACGAGCUUAUGGCAGUGUCCCAAGCCAUUGGUGAAUUCACCCUGCUCACGGACAAACCCCUUGGCACAAACCUUGAGAUCCUUGCGAGGCCCAAGCUGCACCACGCCAUUGCGGUAUUACGGGCUCGCGCAGAUUUGGUCGAAUGGGCUUGCGCGCACUUCAUCGCGGAGCCAAGACCUGGUGCAACCGCUGAAACGUUGCGGCCAGGUAAGGAGGUCGGUGAGCUGUCACUGCUACCAAAUGCAGCUUUUCAGCUUUCACACGUGAAAGCUUGCUUUGUAGAGCUCUGGACUCGGUUAACCUUUGAAUAAUAAAGUUGUGUACUGUAACAUCUUUUCA